UCUGAGAUUCUCUAACACCAUCCGCAUCAUCAUGUGUAUCAAAUCUUGCAAGAGUUCUCCACUGUUGAGACCUACACCACCACUAAACCCUAAAGCUGAAGAAUGGCGCCCAACUAGACUCAACCAUAUCCCCUCUCCUCCUCACAAACUGCUAUGGCAUAUUCCUCCUCAACCACACUGCUAUCAAUACCAUCCCAUGCCUUACUUUCAACGCGCUUUGCCUCACUUCUUCUACCACUCCUUUCCUCCGCCACCGCCGCCCAUCCCCUUUAGCGGCCAGGGGAAGAAUGCUUCCGAGAAAUCGGACUGCUCCAUCGUCAAACAAGGCCAAAAAUCAGGUGUGUCUAAGCCACCCAAGAACAAAGAGGCGUCUCAUCUUACUCAUCACUUUUCAUCAUCCUCAUCAAGAACCACGGUUAUGCUGCGAAACAUUCCUAAUCAGUUAAGGAGGGAGUUCAUGCUCGAGUUUCUGGAUAGCUAUUGCACCUCACAGUCUUUGGAGUACGAUUUCAUGUAUCUCCCAAUGGAUUUCAGGAGCAAGGACAAUCUUGGGUAUGCGUUCGUGAACUUCACAAAGGGUGGAGAUGCAUUGAAGUUCAAGAAAAUAGUUCAGGGUUUCAAAUGGGGACCUUUGGAAACGGACAAGGGCAUCUUCACAUCUAGGAAAAUUUGUGCCAUAACAUGGGCAAGAAUUCAGGGCAAAGAGAGGCUAGUGAAAAGGUUCGAGAGCUCCACCUUUCGUUGUGACAAUCCCGAAUUCUUGCCGGCGGUGUUCGAUCCACCACGUGGUGGAACCAACGCUACUUCUCCGGUGGUCGUCGGUAGACUGAUCAACCAAGCGAGGAGUUAGGGUUUCGUACUAAUUACUCCUAGUAGAGUAUCUCUCUCAUGAUGAGGUUUAGGUAAUGUAGGUUGCUGUGUGUGUGUGUGGAGUUUGCUUGUAGGAAAAAUGUUGGAUGAUUUGUGUAAUGGUUAGGAUUUUUGUCCAGUGAUUUGACAAGGCUGUGUUUUCAUAAUCUCCCUCAAAUUUUGAAUUUAUUUGUGGGGUGAUAUGGAAACAAUGUUUUGUUUUAUUUGCUGCAAAUUGGAAAUCUCCUCACCUUUGUGUAAUAUUAUAACCUACUGAUGUUUA